GCUGCUGCUGCUGCUGCUGGAACAGCAUCUGUUGUUGGGUCUGCAUCGACGGUGUUUGCAUGCCGCCAAAUAUGCUCGUCCCGUGUUCUGCUGCUGGAGCGGUUGAGGCUGCUGCUGCUGGCCGAAAACGUUGUUCGACCCCAUCUGGCCGAAUCCCGCCGAGCUGUUGUUGUUCGAUCCAGCCAUCAUCUGGUUCAUGCUCACCUUGCUUCCGCCACCAGUGGCCAGCCCGCUAGAGCCACCCGUGGUAGCAAACGGAUUGCGACUGACCUGCCCAAACGACUGGAAUGUGUUGGACGUGGACAGCGCCGCCGGGCUCAGAUCCACCAGCGACGACCCGCCGGCAGCCAUCAGCCCACUGGCACCGCCGAUUCCCGAAGAAGCAGCGAGCCCAGGCGUGCCCAUCGCAAAUGGCGACGACGCGCCACCCAUUGCCGAGCUAGUGCCGCCAAAGGGAUUGCUGGAUGCGGCUGACCCCAUGGCCAGGCUGGCAAACGGGUCGAUCUUGUUGCUGUUGCGCGCGAUCUCCGCGAGCUUCGAGUUGGGGUCAUUCGGGUUCACCCCAAAUGGCAGCGUCUUGGCCCCAUGCCGCCGUCAAACGCGCUGCCAAAGGCCCCUGAGGCGCCGUCGAACCCGCCUGUGCCCUGCACGUUGCCUCCCCCCAGCAGGUCGCCGCGUUGGCGGUGUUGGCGCCAGCAACGCUCCCUGCAGUGCUGAACAUGCCUGCGCUGUUGAACGCAUUGCUGGAUGCGCUCGCGCUGUCGAACAUGUUGCCGGACGCGCCUGUGCCUGCAUUGUCGAACAUGCUCCCAGCUGCGCCAAUGCCUGCGCCCCCCAUGCCCAUGCCCAAGCUGGUGGUCGUCAGCGUGGUCUGCGACACAAACUGGUUUGUGCUGCCGCCAAACUGGUUCCCACUGCCGCCAAACUGGCUCGUGCUGCCGCCGAAGCCGCCGUUGCCGUAGGGGUUGUUCAUGCGCCCAUGCCGCCCAUGCCGUUCAUGCCGCUCAUCGACAAUGAGUUGUCGUUGGCGCCCAGGCCAAACGGAUCAAACGCAGCAUUGCUCGCGCCAACCCCAGCAAACUGCGCAUUCCCAAGGGCGCCCAUCUGCACAUUCCCAAGCUGCUGCUGCUGCUGGGAGAAGCUCGUACUACUCAUCAUCGCCGAAUUAUUCGCAGCCGCUGUAUUUCCAAACGAGUCACCAAACCCACCAAGCAAAUCGACCUCCUCCGCCUUCCCACCCCUCUUCUCCUGCACCGCCUUAGCCUCCUUUGCGCUCUCCUCAAUAGCACGCCUGAGCUCCGCAUCCUCAUCAUAAUUAUUCGGCAGUUUCUUGACAGUAGCAGUAGCCGACCGUUUGCUUUCCGCCAACGCCCAGCGCAUAUCCCGGUCAUCGUCGCCGUAGCGAUUAUCUGCAGCUGAAAAGCUAUUGACCCGGCCAUGACCAGACCUUUGCUGCUCCUGUCGAUCGUCGGGCAUCCGCCUCUGGGGCAAACGACUGGUGCUUUCAGAGUACCCCGUGCGGUACAGCCCGUCACCAUUGUGGAACCCACCGGCGUAGUUGCGGUUUUUGCGUGCCUCCUCGAGCGCC